AAGGACCAGAGGUUAGUAUAGCCAAUGCAAUGGAUGAAACCUUACUUGAAGACAUAUUUUAGUUUUUUGGGCUUACUAACUUACAUCUGGCUUACAGCACGGUAAGUAAUAUGCUUUUAGAAAAAACUUGCGUGUAUUUUCCUUGAUAUUGAAGCUUUUACAUUUUUAAGUGUCGUUUGUUUCGUUUUAUUAUUAUUGUUAUUUCUAAAAUUUAUUUAAUAUUGUUUACCAAAUUCAUGUGUAUCUUUUUACUUGUUGUCCAAAUUGCAAAUGCCUCUACUAGUCACCUUUGAAGAGGUAUAUAUAUAUAUAUAUAUAUAUAUAUAUAUAUGUUUGGCAUGCUAAGGUAAUGACACAUUCUCGUUUGGAUGAUGAAGCUGAAUUCUUUCGAAAUCAAGUUUUAUAUCUAGGUGCGUAGCUCAAAAUUUGAUUUAUAAUGUCUGAAUGCCAAAUGAAAACUUGAUUUUCACUUUCGCUAAUCAAGUCAGGCCCCGGAAUCAGACAUUAAUUCAUAAUUCAGUUAUAGAAACGUUUUGAACCGAAUUGUCUUUUUGUUUAACAUAACUUGGAGGGUAACACAAACGUUGUUGGCACAUCAGGAGCAGAGAGCCCUGGGGGGAUUUUUGUGAGAACUGGGUUUGACUUUGGCACAUCUAUGAGGUCAUUUAUUUAUUUUUUUAAAAUAUGAAAGUGCUAAUUAAGCUUUUAUGCUUUCUAAUGAUAUUGCAAGAAAAAGAAAUUAACUAAAAAAGAUUGUUUCUCCAAUGUAUCACGUUAUUUUGGGGUGUCGAUAUUUAACGUUUGAGGUGCUUGCUCUCAGUGACAGAGGAGAUCGCAUGGGAUACGAAAGAGCGUUCUCUAAUCUUCGUUGUUGACGCAUUCCACCGCGCAAUGCGUGCCCUCUUUCUGUCGAAAGCGUAGAAGGCGUUUUAAGACCAAAGUUGAGAAGAAGAAGAAGAAAGAGCAUGUGUGUGCUCAGGAGCAUCCACGCUCUCCGCCGUAUUAUAAGCAUCUCUUCUCUCAACAGUAGCAGGAGUUGGGUAGCGAACAGUGUUGUUGCUGCACAAGUGAAUGGUUGCGGCGGCCGCUCGAUACGAAUGGUGGGUGGUGAUGAUGGGUGUCCUCCACCUCCACAUCCUGCUGGUUCUGCUUCAACUGGGCAUUUGAGGCUUCAUCCAUGGUUUCUUCAGGGUCGGCUGAUGUCGACGAAGGGACGGAGCAUGAGGAGCAAAGUGGAGAAGAGGAUGAGGAGGGAGACGGGAAAAACUCUUCGGGAGAUCAGGCGUGCCAAGAAACUCCGAAAGAAGCUGAUGACCGAUGAGGAGAGGCUCAUUUAUAACCUCCGGAGAGCUAAGAAGAAGGUGGCUCUACUUCUACAAAAACUAAAGAAGUAUGAGCUUCCCGAGCUGCCUCCUCCUCGGCAUGAUCCUGAAUUGUUGACACCUGAGCAGCUUCAAGCAUACAAAAAAAUUGGCUUCAGAAACAGAAAUUAUGUGCCUGUUGGUGUUCGAGGAGUCUUUGGUGGUGUAGUCCAGAAUAUGCAUCUUCACUGGAAGUUUCAUGAAACUGUUCAAGUAUGCUGUGAUAACUUUCCCAAGGAGAAAAUUAAAGAGAUGGCAACAAUGCUUGCAAGAUUAAGCGGAGGUAUUGUGGUCAAUGUACAUGAUGUCAAGACAAUAAUCAUGUUCAGAGGCAGGAACUAUCGGCAACCAAAGAAUUUAAUACCUUUUAACACACUUACCAAGAGGAAGGCACUUUUUAAGGCCAGAUUUGAGCAAGCUCUCGAUUCCCAGAAAUUAAACAUAAAGAAGCUGGAACAGCAACUUCGGCAAAUGGGAGUAAACCCAGAGGAUCCAAUUGCAAUGGCCAGUGUCCAGCGGGUGGCUUCGACAUUUUUCCGUGCUAUUGAUGAGAAACAAGGUACACCAUAUGUCUUCCAUGGUGACAGGCACGAUCCAUCUCAGGCAGAUGAAACUGAGGAUGAAUUAGUUGUACCCUCUGAAGACAGUGACCAGGAAGAGCUUGACAGAUUCAUUGCUGAAAUUGAGGAUGCAGCAGAUCAAGAAUGGGCAGCAGAGGAAGCAGCAGAAAAGGAAGAGGUUGGCAGAAUAAGGUAUUGGAACGAAGAAGAUAUAGGUGGUAGAAGCCGAAGAACUUUUCCAGUACGUGGUGGCGGUUCUGAUGAUGAGGGAGAUGGUCAGAGGCGAGACUGGAGACGUGCACAAGGAAAAAGAUAUGGUACUGAUGUCCACAGGCGGGACAGAGGUAAUGGGAAUGGCGAAAUUUCAGGUGGUGAUGAAUGGGAUCCUGAUGAUACUAACUUGUUAGAUCAUGGUGACCUCAACAGUGAUUUUGAUUCUGAAGAUGACCAUGAUGACCUGCCAAAAAAUCCAAACAGGAGAGAGAGAAGUAACUAUUCGACAUCCACCAAUGACAGAACUUACAGCAGAGCUAUCAGGAGCAGAACGAGACAAAUAGUGCCAGAUGACAUGGACACUGAAGAUGGGAGUGUCCGCAAUGAUUCGGGAGAUAAUUGGGAGAGUGAAGAUUCUGAAAAUGAAUUUGGUGACUCCAGAAUGGAUCACAUUGAUUAUUAUAGUAGCAGCAGUGGCAGUGACGAAGAAUAGGAAACCAAUUAAUGUCAUUUGGGUUCUGAUGAUCACAAUGACUAUUUACCAAAGCCUACAGAAAAGCGGGUUUGGGGGCUACUUACCAGUUCGUGAAUGAUAAAAUCUGCAAUGGUGCUGACAGAAGCAAAGCCAAAAGUAGAUGGCUUGAAUGAUGAGGACAUGAGUUGAUUGCUAAUUUAAAUAUGCUGAUCUUGCUUCUGGUAGAUUCUGCAUGGAUUGGUUUGUUUGUUGUUGAAACCGCAGCAGCACAAUGAUGCAUUGGGCCUGAAAAGUGAAAUAAUGGUAGAUCAUGAAAUCAGAUUGUUGUACAUCAGCUGAUUGUUGGCUUUAUUUCCCAUAUUCAUCAAGGCAUUAAUCGUUUAAUUUCUUAAAUAUUUGAUAGCAGUAGUAGCUUAUUGUUUUUGGGCGCAGCAGGUGUCGCAAGGAUGCUUUACAUGUGCGAGUUCCUUGUCUUACUACUCUUCUUAAUAGAAAGCCAUACAAGCAAUUCUGCUUCC